GUCUCAGUCUCAGUCCCAGUCUCAGUCCCAGUCCAAGUCCAGCUCCAGCGGCUCCAGUGGUUCUAGUGGGACUCUGAGCUCUAUGGACACUCUGCCCCUGACCCUCCCCUCGGUCCCAGAAGAACCAGAACCAGAACUGCCCCCUCCCUGGGCCCGACUCAUGCCCAUGGUACCAGGAUUCAAAGUGCUUGACUGCAUACAGGACUCGUAUGUUGUGGGUCGGGAUAAGAACUCGGACUACGUUCUGGGAGACGGCAGCACCAAGUACCGGAUCUACAGCAAACGCCACUUCAGGAUCUACAGGGAGGGCUCAGAGGCGUUUGUGGAGGACCUCAGUAACAAUGGGACGUUCAUAGACGGACUUUUGAUUGGAGCCAAACGGAAAACUCCUCUGAACAACAGCUCCGUGAUCUCACUGUGCCACGAGAAGAAGAGAGACCUGAUGUCCAGUGAGCAGGUGGCACUUCCUAAAGAGCUCGAGCAGAAGUACGUGCUGACGCGGCAGAUCGGAACCGGUGUUUGUGGAGAGGUGAAGCUGGCAUAUGAACGAGAACAUCUCCACAAAUAUGCUGUGAAGAUCAUCAACAAAGGGAACUUCAAAUCUGAGGGAACGGCAACGAGGAAUGCAGAGACAGAGAUCCAGAUCCUGCAGAGAAUCGAUCAUCCAUGUCUGAUGAAGACUGUGGACUUUUACCAAACUGAAGAGCGCUACUACAUUGUCCUGGAACUGAUGGAGGGAGGAGAGCUGUUCUUCAGGAUCAAGUCCAAAAAACAGAUCCCAGAACCUGUCGCCAAGUUCUACUUCUACCAGAUGCUCCUGGCUGUGCAGUAUUUGCACAGAAACGGGAUCAUUCACAGAGACCUGAAACCAGAGAAUGUACUUCUGUCGUCGAGCGAAGACUUCUGUCUCAUUAAGGUGACAGACUUUAACCAGUCUCGGAUCCUGGAGGAGGCGGCCCUCAUGAGGACCCUGUGUGGCACGCCCUCGUACCUGGCCCCUGAGGUCUUCAGCUCGGCCUCGGGCUCCGGCUACGGGCUCUCUGUGGACGCUUGGAGCCUCGGGGUGCUGCUGUUCGUCUGUCUUGGGGGGUACCCUCCGUUCCAUGAGCAGUUUGGGCCUUCAGUCCGAGACCAGAUCAUGAGCGGGACGUACACUAUGCUCCCGAGGCAAUGGGGCCACAUCUCAGACCAAGCAAAGGACCUGGUGCAAAGGCUGUUGGUGGUGGACCCCAGUAGGAGGCUGAGCAUCGACGAGGCACUGGAGCACCCGUGGGUCCAGGACGAGGAGAUGAAGCAGAGAGCUCACAGUGUCAUGUACCCGGAACCUUCUACCUCCACUUCUUCCUCAGGGACCACAGGGACGUCAGGGACCACGGGGUCCGCCGGCCCUUCUGCCUCCUUCUCCAGUAGGAGCUCCAGGCGUGCUGGCUCCUCCUCUGCUGUGGAGGGCAAACAAGCUCCAACGACACGAAAACGGAACCGCGAAGAAGACGAGGAGCGCCCAAUCAAAAGGAAGCACUGACACUUUAAUCUCCUCUGACCUUUGACCUGUGUAAAUA